AUGACGGCGCUGGACGGCGACGACGACGAGGCGACGCGGGCGACGGUGAUGCGCGGGACGACGGCGCGCGGGAUGGCGCGCGCGGUGGCGGACGCGCUGCGGGAGACGCGGCGCGACGCGUACUACGCGGAGACGGCGAGGGAGGACGGCGCGAAGGACGCGGCGACGAUACGGGUCGACGCGCGCAGGGUGAUGAUCGUGGAACAACGCGUCGCGGUGCGGUUGAUGACGAAGACGUCGAACGGGGUGCUGGAGGCGGUGGCGGCGACGGGGGCGCGGGCGACGACGACGGAGGCGUCGGCGGAGGAGGAUUUUGACGAGCGAGAGAAACGAAGGAUCGCGAUCACGGGACCGCCGGAGAGCGUGCAAAAGUGCGUUGAGUUGAUAGAAUCGCUCGUGCGCGAGACGGAGAAUCGAACGUCGAAGCGGUUCUUUUGUCCAAAGGCGUAUUUGGGAGCGUUCAUCGGACGCGGGUACGGGCACGUGCACAAGAUUGAGGGCGUUUCAAAAUGUAAAAUCGUGAUAUCUGACGAGGACAAGGUGCACGAAGGGAACGAACACUCGGUGGUGCGCGCGAUUGAGGUCACGGGGACGCCGAUGCAGGUGAGUUUGGGGUACAAACUCGCGUUGCAGACGUUGGACGAGGCUUUGGCGUCCGCGCCGGACGCCGAAGAGCUCAAAGCAGAGUUGAAAGAAACGAGCGGUGGGUUUGAUUUAGACGCCGAACGCGCGAAGAAAAAAGCAAAGAACUAG